AUGAGUCAGCAAGAGUCCCGAGCCUUAUUUACUCGUCGCGUUCUUGUCAUCAGGCGCGAAGCUGCUCGAAUUCCCUCGCAAGAGCCAUCUUUCCAGGCUGCCAACGAAGCUCGACUAAAGCCAGAUCUCAGUCCAAGCGAGCUCAAAACCACCCCCAAGCCUACCAUGGCCGCCACUGCUACUGCGACCAAGUCGCUCAUCAGCGAAUCCGCUGCAUGGAGCGGCCUCAAGAAGAUGCCUGUGACUCGCGCCGCUGCUUCGCGGAAACUUGCCGUUCGUUCUCCUGCCAGAUCAUCAGUUUCCGUUCUAGCUGCUGCAGCUGCUCCCACGCAUUUCCUCCAUAUUGACGACUUCGAUAAGGAUACUAUCCUCCACAUCCUCAACCUCGCCAAAGAAGUGAAAUCGAUCAUCAAGUCUGGCGAUCGCUCCUACCAGCCCCUUAAGGGUCACACCAUGUCGAUGAUAUUCACGAAGCCCUCCAUGCGCACGCGCGUGAGCUUCGAGUCGGGCUUCUUCCUGCUGGGCGGCCACGCGCUCUACCUGGGCCCCGACACCAUCCAGCUGGGCAAGCGCGAGGAGACGCGGGACAUCAGCCGCGUCAUCAGCGGGUACAAUGAUAUCAUCAUGGCCCGGCUGUUUGCCCACCAGGACAUCAUCGACCUGGCCAAGUACUCGAGCAUCCCCGUGGUGAACGGGCUGACGGACUACAACCACCCGUGCCAGAUCAUGGCGGAUGCCCUCACCAUCAUCGAACACCUGGGGCAGAUCGAAGGCAUGAAGGUGGCCUAUGUGGGCGAUGGCAACAACAUAGUGCACAGCUGGCUGCGCCUGGCAGCAGUGAUCCCCAUGCACUUCGUGUGCGUCUGCCCCAAGGGCUUCGAGCCCGAUGCCGCCACCGUGGAGCGAGCGAGAGCAGCAGGGAUCAGCACGAUCGAGAUCACGAAUGACCCGGUGGAGGGGGUGAAGGGGAGUAACGUGGUGUACACAGACGUGUGGGCGAGCAUGGGGUAUAAGGAGGAGGCUGAGACGCGGAAAAAGACCUUUCAGGGCUUCCAGGUGGAUGAAGCGAUGAUGGCGCGGGCUGGCAAGGACUGUCUGUUUAUGCACUGCCUACCAGCGGAGAGGGGGGUGGAGGUGUCAGACGGGGUUAUGGAGGCUCCUUACUCCAUUGUUUUCCCUCAAGCUGAAAACCGCAUGCAUGCGCAAAAUGCCAUCAUGCUGCACUGCCUGGGGAAUCAUAUCGCACUUGCAGCAACACCUGUCGCUCGCCCGCCUGCCCCUUGUAAGCCAGUCCCGUUCAACCGCGUGCUUGAACUUUCAUUCUUGAACCAUCGAACAGGCAGCUCGCAACCCCAACAACACCUUUCCUGCCUCACUCCCCACUUCGCCUCGCUGCACAGCGUUGCCUUUCCUCCCUUCCCGCGUCGUCUGUUUUCCGAUCCGCCCGUCCCAAGCAAAUCGUCGCGACCAAAUCGUCUUCCCCGGAUCUUCUCACUUGAAUCUCUCUCCCCACCGAAUUUCUCUCAAAUCUCCUCUCACCGAAUUUCUCUCGAAUCUCUUCUCCCGGCGGUCGGCGCGAUGGUGCUCGGGCAGCUUCAGGCGAAGUACCAGGAGAUCGAAGGGCGCGCCAAGGCGUGGGUCGCGCGCCAGCCGCCGCCCGUGGAGGUGGCGAUCGUGGCGGCGGCGAGCGCGCUGCAGGGCGGCGCGAUCGGCGCGAUGAUGGGCAGCCUGACCUCGGAGGCGGCCGGCAGCAUGCCGUCGCCGGCCACCAUGCCGGGAAUGACGCCGGAAGCCGCGGCGUCGAUGAAGCAAAUGCAGGCGCUGACAGGCGGCCCGUGGACGCAGGCGCGAAACUUCGCGGUGAUGACGGGCGUGAACGCGGGCAUCACGGCCGCCAUGAAGCGCGCCCGCGGCGGCGUCGAGGACCUGCAGACGAGUGCGGUGGCGGCCUUCGGGUCGGGGAUAGCGUUUUCGGUGGUGAGCGGGGUGGGCGGGCCAGCAGGCAACGCGGUGCUGAAUGCUCUCUCCACGGGCGUCGGCUUUGCCAUCUUCCAAGGGGCCUUCUUCCAGCUGGGCAAGGCAUUCUCAGGCGAGGGCGACGCAGUGCCGUCAGAGUACGUGGAGUCGAAGGCAAUGCUGCAGGAGCUGGGGCUGGGCAAGUACGAGAAGAACUUCAAAAAGGGGCUCCUCACUGACCGCACGCUGCCACUGCUGAAUGACAGUGCACUGCAGGAGGUCAAGAUCCCUCCCGGCCCUCGCUUGAUCAUUCUCAACCACAUUCAAAGAGCUCAAAGGUGCUAUGGACAAGCACCCUCCAGUGCCAAGCUCAGCAGCAGCAGCAGUGGACCAAUCGGGAUAGGCCACCUGGGGGGUCACCUGGGGGACAGCAGCAGUAGCAGCAGCAGCACUGGUGGUGAAAGCGGAGCUAUGGUCGCGUCAUUCUAA